CGGGCCCUGCCGAGACUCGUCUCUGUCGCGGUCUGGAGUGGGGUCCCUUUUCAGGGAGUGAGGCGGUAACCAUGACAUUUGACGAUGUGGCCAUAUAUUUUUUGGAACAAGAGUGGGAGAUCCUGAAGAAGUGGCAGAAGGAAAUGUAUCAGCAAGUGAUGAAGACCAAUUAUGAGACCCUGGAUUCCCUGGGCUGUGUUUUUUCCAAGCCAGAUCUGAUCACCUGGAUGGAACAAGGGAGAAUGCUAUUAACCAGAGACCAGGGACGCUUAGAGAAAACAAGAAUGACACUUAGCCCUUCUACUGAUGAGCAGUUGGACUUGAAGAAUACUGGAAAGUCGCCGUGUGUUGGUGACCAAGGAACUCUCAGGGCAAAAGAUGAGGAAUGCCAUUUAAAUGGUCUCCAGAAGCAGGGAUCAUGUGCUGCUUUAUCAGGGGAGGAAAGAAAGCUUUUAUCAAAUCAAAGAGCUGCCUUACAACAUCCAAGUCUCCAAGAAACAGAGAUUCUAAAUAAAAACCUCGACAUCACAGCAUCUAAUCAGGACAAGAACAAUCCAUGGCAUGAGUCGAUGGGUACCCCAGGUCACUUGGAACUUCCACCAAGGCCAAGACUUUAUUCUUGCUUUGUCUGUAGGAAGGUCUUCCAGGUAAAGAGAGACUUGGUAAAGCACAAAAGGAACCACUCCAAGAGCCAGCCCUGUAAAUAUCCAAAGUACAAAAACCAAUCCAGAGGGCACUCUAGACUCAGGUGGAACCGGACGAUCCUGUGUAAGAGGAAGCGUUUCCAGUGCGGUAAGUGCGAGAAGAGCUACUCUCUGAAGUGCAGCCUGCUCACUCACCAGGUGGUUCACACGGGGCAGCAGCCCUUCCAGUGCCCCGAAUGUGACAAGACCUUCCGGUAUAAAGCCACUUUGCAGAAGCAUCUGUGUUUGCACAAAGGGGAGAGACCAUUGUCCUAUAAGGAGUGUGGCAAGGGUUUCAUCCAGCAGUGCAAGCUCACUGAGCACUUCAGGGUACACACUGGGGAGGAGCCUUUCCAGUGUCAAGAGUGCGAGAGAAGCUUCCGCCUGCAGAGAAGUUUGAAGGCCCAUCUUUGUCAGCACAGUGGGAAGAAGCCCUUCCAUUGUCCAGAGUGUGGCAGGAGCUUUUCCCGGAAGCCUGCCCUGAAGGCCCACCAGAGGAUACACAGUGGAGAGAAGCCGUUUUCUUGUGAUAAAUGUGAUAGGAAAUUCACCCACAAGACUAAACUCACUGAACAUGUCAGAGUUCAUACGGGAGAAAAGCCCUUCCAGUGUCCUGAGUGUAAUAAAAAUUUCCGCCUAAAGAGAAGCCUAAAAGCCCAUCUGUUUCAGCACAGUGGAAAGAAGCCCUUCCAGUGUCCAGAGUGUGAUAGGAGCUUCUCUUGGAAAAAUGCCAUGAAGGCCCACCAGCGUUUACAUAGCGAGGAGAAGCCCUUCUCCUGUGGGGAGUGUGGCAAGAGGUUUACCCGUCCCUCUAAGCUCGCUCGCCAUAGCAGAGUCCACAGCAGGCAAAAGGAAUUCUCCUGUGGCGAGUGCAAAAAGACCUUUCCUCGGCAAUCGAGGCUCACGGAGCACCUCAAGGUCCACAUCAAAGAAAAGCCAUUCUCCUGCGCAGAGUGCAGCCGGAGCUUCAGCCGACAUUCACACCUCACUGAACACAUGCGACUUCAUGGUGGGGAGGAGCCUUUCCAGUGUCCUGAGUGUGACAAGAGCUUCUUCUGGAAGGCCUCCAUGAAGUUCCAUCAGCGGAUACACAGGGGCGAGAAGCCCUUCGAGUGUAGUGAGUGCAGUAAGACCUAUGCUCAGCAGUCUCAGCUCACUGAACAUAUGAGAAUCCACAGUGGAGAGAAACCCUUCCAGUGUCCUGAGUGCAAUAAAAGUUUCCGUCUCAAAGGAAAUUUGAAAAGCCACCUGCUCCAGCACAGUGGCAAAAAGCCAUUCUCUUGUGUUAAGUGUGGCAAAAGUUUCACUCAGCAGUACAGGCUCACAGAACACAUUCGAGUUCAUAGUGGUGAGAAGCCCUUCCAAUGUCCAGAGUGUGACAAGAGCUACUGCAUAAGGGGCAGUUUGAAGGUCCACUUGCACACACACAGUGGAGAGAAGCCCUUCAGGUGUCCUGAGUGUGGCAAAGGCUUCCUCCAGAAGAGAAGUCUGAAGACCCAUCUGCACCAUCACAGAGGGGAGAGGCCUUUUUCCUGUGAUGAGUGUGGAAGGAGCUUUACAUACAUGGGAGCACUCAACACCCACAUUGCAGUACAUGCCAGGGAAAAGCCCUUGAGUCUCUAGGUCAAGCCACACACAAAGGAAGCAGUGACAGCUUUUUGGUGGAGCAAGCAGCUCUGUUGGCUCUGGCUGAGGCAGGAUAAAGAACUUCAUGGAACACUGGCUUCAGACACACUGGCCAGAUGCAGAGCAGGCAGGGUGUGACAGCUUCUUAACAAAAGUUCCAAAUAAUACAGGCAUAAGAUAGUCAAAGGGGCAUCUCCCCUCUAUAGUCCUCAUGGGCAAGGCCUGUCAGUCAUGGAAGGAACAUUCUACUUCGUUCUGUGAUUUCAUCAGUUUUUUCAGUGUCAUCCAAGAGCAUAGUAAUCCCUUCAUUAAAUUCUGAAACCACAGCCUGAUUG